AUGACGUCGGAAAGUAGAAAGAAUAUAUUUUUAAAGGCUUUAAAUAAGACUGUGACUGAUAUAAAAUCACAUACUCUGAAACCAGAACAGCAAGAAUGGAUCAGAAGGCUAAUCUGUUGUGGUGAAGAUGUCCUUGCGGUUUUACCUACUGGUUUUGGGAAAGGCGUUGUGUACCAACUUCUUCCGACUGUUUACCAAAAUUUGCACUUACUUGAAACAGGCGAGAUGAAGCAUUUUAUGAUUGUCGUCCUCUGGAGUAUAUUAGGCAGCAGCAGGUCGGAAAUGUGACAAGAACCAUGUGCCAAGGACCAUGUAAAAUGCUAAAAUAAUGCUCCUUGCCCUGACUCGUCCCCAUUCGUCUCUGUGAGCACGCGCGAAACGAGGGAGACGACUGGCAGAUUCUCUGGAAUAUCAGUUGAAACUCUAGAGUGCCAGGCGUAGACGUCUGUAGUUGAUACCACUCCAUUAUAUAAAGUUUAACACAUUACUAACAAACGUAGUGAAUUUUUAACGAAUGCUAGCCGUAGCGUUAAUUAACGCCGUGUUCAACAGUACAAUAGUUACGCAAUUGUUGAUUAUGUGUUGAUCGAGUGAAAGUUGUUUUGUUCUUAGAUUUCUUUUUGGCGUUCUUCGAAGCAUUGGUGUACUCAGCCAGCAUGACGUCGAAGUCGGCUGCACAGUUUCCAGCUCAGGAAGUGAGAAGGGAGCUAAAAAAGAGUUUCCUGAAUGCCCUUUAAACUGGACUGGAGUUGGAUUGUCACUAUCACCCCCUUGCUGCCUGAUAGUGCCAAAAAAGUUUUCCAAAGGGUCAGUAUUUAACCUUCUAGUAAAGAGGAACUUGAACUGAUGGUUGGACUUUAACUUGCUCCAGAUUAGAAUUAGUGCAUUGAUAGUAACUAACCAGCCAUGAAGGCAUUUAAUCCGACCUGUCACAUCUUUGUCGCCCUGAAACACUUUCAAAUUCUUGAUGAAUGUGAUGCUUUCCUUUAGAUACUCAAUGUGUGAUGUUUUCUCAUUGACUGCACACCGAAGUUUCUUGGUUGUGUGUAAUGUGGAACUGUUAAAGCAAUCAAAAAUGGAACCGAAUCUUGAAAGCAGUUCUGCAGUACCCAUAGCAGAUGAAGGGAGACCUCCGACACUAACAUAG